UCUGUUCUUCAAAUUGUAAAUGUUAUACGUUAAGGGUGGUGGGAGUGGAAAAAGAAUUGUCAUGCAAGGAGACUAAUCCUGCACCAUACCGAAGAGAAGGUGGGGUGACGUUCCACUCGCUUUCCCCUCCAGUUUCUCUUCUUCCUUCUUUAACCAUUCUGCUGCCCCUCACACCAUCUUCCAACUCACCUGCUAGCAUCCCGCCACUAACCCACUAUCUACUCAACUCCCUCCAACCUAAUGGAGCAACGAAGAGUACUCAAGACCAAGUUGAUCUUCACUUUCCUUGUUGUAUUUAAUGCGUCAAUAACUUGUACCUUUGCUUCAGACACCGUGUCUACAAACCAAACCAUCAGAUACAAUGAAACCAUAGUUUCGCCACAAGAAACCUUUGAACUUGGUUUCUUUCGCGCCGGUAAGUCCAUGAACUUUUAUGUCGGAAUUUGGUACAAGAAAAUACCGAAUCGAACCGUUGUAUGGGUUGCCAACCGGAACACACCACUCAAACAUACCUCUGGCGAGCUAACUCUCACCCUUCAGGGAGUUUUAAUUAUCCGGGAUGUUACCAAGGGAUACAUAGUAUGUUCGUCAGCAAACUCAUCAACGACAUCAGUGAAAAAUCCUAUUGGUCAGCUUCUAGAUACAGGAAACUUUAUAAUUUACAAUGAAGGUGAGGGCAUCAAUCAAGAAGAUCCCAUAUGGCAAAGUUUCGACUUUAUGACAGACACUUUGCUUCCUGGAAUGAAGUUCGGCUGGAAUUUGGUUAAGGGGAUUGACAGAAACUUCACAUCAUGGAAAUCUGAUACUAAUCCUGCUUCGGGUGAGUUUACUUAUAAAAUUGAUACAAGAGGCUACCCUCAGCUGAUCCUAACGGAAGGCGGGGUAAUAAAGGUCAGGGGAGGUCCAUGGGAUGGACUCAGGUUUACUGGAAUUUCUUAUUUGAAACCCAACCCUUAUUACAACUUCACCUUUGUUGUAAACCAGAGAGAAAUUUACUACCAAUACAAUCUUAUAGAUACUUCAGUUUUGACGAGGCUGGUGUUAGUACCAAGUGGUCGUUUAGAGCGCUUGUUAUGGAUUGAUAACAAACAAGAAUGGAGCCUUUAUAACUCCCCACAAAGAGAUGACUGUGAUCAGUACGCGGUGUGUGGGCCAUUCGGGAGCUGCAACAUCGAUAACUCCCCAGUUUGUUCGUGUUUGAAGGGUUUCGAACCCGUAUCUCCUGAUCAGUGGAGGGAUACAGAUUGGUCACAAGGGUGUCGACAUACUAUUCCUUUGGAUUGUAACCCUGGGGAAGGAUUCAACAUAUAUUCAAAUCUGAAGUUACCAGACACUCGGGGGUCAUGGUAUAACCAGAACAUGACCCUUUUAGAAUGUGAGAAGAUGUGUAAAAGCAAUUGUUCGUGCACUGCUUACACAACUUUGAAUAUCUCAGGGACUGGGAGUGGUUGCUUGCUAUGGUUUGGUGCCCUAAAUGAUAUCAAAAGAUUUGCUGAGGAAGGGGACACCCUGUAUAUACGAGUGUCUGCUUCUGAGAUAGAUUCAAUCAAAAACAGAAGAAGCUCAAAUGCAGGGAGAAGAAUACGAGUUAUUGUCCCCGUAUCAUUUGUAGCUUUGGCCAUACUAGUUUCAUUAUGCUUAUUUUACCGUUCUUAUAUGAAGAAGCAACAGCACCAAGGUCUAUCUUUACUUAUGAAUGGAAAUGUUUCUAAUCAACGAACCCAACGUGGUCCGUCCCAAUUCACAGGGACACCCGAACACGAACGGGAACAUGAUCCUGAAAAUAAAAGCGAUGAUGAAGAUCUAGAGCUUCCACUAUUGGGCUUGUCUACAUUAGUUACAGCUACAAACAACUUUUCAGUGGACAAUAAACUUGGAGAGGGGGGUUUUGGACCCGUAUACAAGGGUGUUCUUGAAGAUGGACAGGAAAUAGCAGUGAAGCGGCUAGCACAAACAUCCACUCAAGGACUUCACGAGUUCAAGAAUGAAGUCAUCUCGAUAUCUAAACUACAACAUCGCAAUCUUGUUAAACUCUUGGGUUGCUGCAUCGAGAGAGCCGAAAAGAUGUUGAUUUAUGAAUACAUGCCAAACAAAGGCCUCGAUUCCUUCAUAUUCGAUAGAACUCAAAGCAAACUCCUUGACUGGCCUGCACGUUACCGCGUUAUCAUUGGAAUUGCUCGUGGACUUCUUUAUCUUCACCAAGAUUCUCGCCUCAGAAUCAUACAUAGAGAUCUCAAAGUUAGCAAUAUUUUGCUUGACACAGAUAUGAACCCGAAGAUAUCAGAUUUUGGCAUGGCUAGAAGUUUUGGAGGAAAUCAGAUAGAGGCAAACACAAACAGAGUGGUUGGAACAUAUGGCUACAUGGCACCAGAGUAUGCUGGCGAUGGUACCUUUUCAAUAAAAACAGAUGUAUAUAGCUUUGGCGUACUAGUGCUGGAAAUUGUAUGCGGGGAGAAAAACAGAGGAUUCACCCACAAAGAACAUGGCAAUAACCUUAUUGGACAUGCAUGGGGACUCCAUAAGGAAGGCACAUCCUUGGAAUUAGUUGCUAAGUGUCUAGGUGAAUCAAUUGAUGCGCCUCAGGUACUACGAUCAAUCCAUGUCGGUUUGUUGUGUGUUCAACGUCACCCAGAAGAUAGACCCACCAUGACUUCUGUAAUCCACAUGUUGGGGGGUGAAGGUCCAUUGCCUUCUCCUAAAGAACCUGGAUUUUACGUUGGAGAAUCCACGCAAAGAUUUUAUGAGGGUUCAUAUGAAGCAAGUUCUACAAACGAACUAAGCGUUACAACGCUAAAUGGUAGAUAAAAUGAAGUUGCAUGUAUUAAGAAAAACAACUUCUAGCUAUAAGCUUAUUAAUCAUUUCGUAUGUAUGCAUCAUCAUAACUUAGUAUUGUGUAAGAAAAUGUUAAAAACUUUUUUCUAUCUUGCAA